CUUUGUUGCCGAUCUGUGUUGCGUGUUGUGUUGCGGUCAGUGUAAUUUGAUCAAUUUUACACUAAAUAAUUAAGUACAAUGGAAAUUGAGCUGGAAGAAAUUGACCCUCUUGGUCAACCACCAACGAGAACGAUUGAAAUGCCACAAAAAAUAACUCUGCAGCUCAUAAAACUUAUCGAGGAAAGAGAAGUACUGUGGAACAAAUACCUGCCCAAUUAUAGAAAUAGGCAUUCCCACGAAGAAGCUUGGGAAGAGAUCUCGGAACUGUUGGGUUAUACAGCUAUUGAAUUGAAAUAUAAAUGGGCAUCCUUAAGAUCGUCCUACCGGAUGUACCGGUCUCGGGCCAUCAAAAGUCGAUUGAAUGGUUCGCAAACAGUUUAUCGGACAAAAUGGUUCGCAUAUGAAGCCAUGAGCUUUAUGGCGCUCAUCAACGAAAAGACACCGUAUCCAGUAUCCGACAGCACAUCGGAGACACCAUCGAAAAGUGCUUCGACGAAAAGAACCAAUUCGGACGACGAUGAAAUCGCCAGAAACAUUAGCACACUCACGCGUAUUGCUGAACGGUGUGCAGAGAGCCGCGAUGAUUUGUCCCAAUUCGGACAGAGUUUGAUUUAUCAAAUGCGCAGCUUAUCUCCGCGCACAAUCGAGCGGUUAAAGAUCGAAAUAAUGGAAAAGGUACUGGAGGCCCAAAAGGAUCAAUACCUUAAUAACAUGUAGUCAGGUCGUUAGGUGUGAUUCUGAUCGGUGAAUGAUAUUAAACUGUUAAUAAGUCGUCUGUAGCCAAAAUGUCCUAACUGUAAUAAAACUGAAGAAGGAGAUUCUAUUCGUA